CGUCACUUGGCAGCUAGCUACUACAUUUCCCAUGAGCACUCGCUCCGCUCAACUACACAAGACAACAUGGCGGCGAUCGGAGCUUACCUGAAGAAUGUCUGGAACAAAGAGCCUGUUAUCCUGACCUCCUGUGCGGUUGGAUUGAUUGGUUUUGUUCUUCCAUUCAUCAGCCCCUAUACAAAGUAUUCAGGAAUGAUCAAUAGAGCUACGCCAUACAACUACCCAGUACCUGUGCGAGACAAUGGAAACAUGCCUGAUGUCCCCGCUCAUCCAUGUGAACCCAAAGGAAAUAAUCUGGAAUGGCUUAAAAAUCUAUAACUUCACAUUCUCCCAACCAAUGUCCACGCUUUUCGUCUCGCUCAAAUCUGACCACAUAGCUGCUCCAUUUAUCAAUGUUCCACAAUAAAGACUAUAUAAUUCUA